AUGCUCUCAGUGGGGCCUCCUUUUUCCCCUCCCGCAAGAACAACUCCAACCAUAAAACCCGAGAUGCUUUCCAUUUUCCCCAAACUCUCCAAGCGAAUCCCAUUUCCGCCGGUCCUCCCUUCGCCAAGCCAUCGGCGACUGCUGCAGCACAGCCUCCUCCCCCUCCUCAUGGCCGACCCCUCCCCCUCCUCCCCCACGGCGGCCUCCGCAGGCGACGCCCUCCCCGCGCCGGCGGCUUCCGACGCGCCGGAGGUGACCCUCCCCGCCGCCGCCCCCGACCUGGACAAGGAGUUCGGGUUCCAGCGGGCGGAGCUCGGUAAGGAGAAGCUCGCCGGGACGGUGGGCUUCCACGAGCGCCACGUGUUCCUCUGCUACAAGGGCCCUGAGGAGUGGCCAUCCCACGUCGAGGCCUCCGAGUCCGACCACCUCCCCCGCCUCCUCGCCGCCGCCAUCAAGGCCCGCAAGCCCAAUCUGAAGAAGAGCACCAAACUGACAAUUUGUGAAGGAGAAGAUGGCACUGAGUCAUCUCUUGGAGACGUGUUGAUCUUUCCUGAUAUGAUCCGAUACAGAGAGCUGACCCACCUUGAUGUCGACAACUUUGUGGAUGAAGUACUCGUGAAAGAUACUGAAUGGCUUCCUGGAUCUCCUGAGGCUAUAAAAGGUUCCUAUGUUUUUGUCUGCUGCCAUGGAAGCAGGGAUAAAAGGUGUGGUGUUUGCGGUCCUGCUCUGAUUACAAGGUUCAAGGAAGAGAUUGAAGGACAAGGUCUUCAUGGUCAGGUGGCUGUUAGUGCAUGCUCACACGUUGGAGGUCACAAGUAUGCAGGAAAUGUCAUCAUAUUCAGUCCAGAUGCCAAGGGAGAAGUGACUGGUCAUUGGUAUGGUUAUGUUGCUCCUGAUGAUGUGCCCGUGUUACUGCGUCAACAUAUCGGACAAGGAGAGAUCGUGGGCCAUCUAUGGAGGGGCCAGUUGGGUUUGUCUGAAGAGCAGCAGAAGAAAGCUCUGGAGCUUAGGCGCGCGACGAAUGGCCUGACUGAGGAAGAAUCAAGCGCCAAAGAAUCCCCUGAAGCAAAUGGAGCCAACGGUGCUGCUUGCAACCCUGCACCUGCAGGUGGAUGCUGCCAGGGCAAUGGAGGAGGUUUAACCUGCUGCCAAAGUGAUCUGCCAGCAGGAAAACAGGAUAAGAGCGUCCCAGCUGAGCAGAACCACAAGAGCUCUACGACAGAGAGUGACAAAGAAAACGGUGCUGCCAGCAAGAAGGGGCGCAUGAAGAUUUGCCGGAUGCCCACCUGGUUCGAGACCUGGGACAAGUCCGACACCUACACCACUCUUGCUGUUGUUGCUUCUGCUGCAACCGUGUUCGCCGCCUUCAGGUGCUACAAGGCCAUGAACUGA